UCAGUAUUUACCCCAAUAUUACUAUUCCAAAUCAGGCGAGUCGAGUCAAAAUAUCGCAUUCAAAAACUUGAAAGCGAGAGUCGAAUCGUUUGAUCGUAGUUCAAUGGAGACGACGGGAGGAAUUAUCAGGUGCGGCGCCCUUUUAGGCCUCCUUCUUCUCGCCACACUGACCCGUAUCUCUGCGCUAUCGGUCACCGUAAACGACGUCGAAUGCAUAUACGAGUACGUCUUGUACGAAGGCGACACCGUUUCCGGGAAUUUCGUCGUCGUCGAUCACGAUAUCUUCUGGAGCUCCGAUCAUCCCGGCAUCGACUUCACGGCAACAUCACCAGCAGGUAAUAUUGUGCACACUUUGAAAGGAACAUCUGGGGACAAGUUUGAGUUUAAGGCCCCUAAAAGUGGAAUGUACAAAUUUUGUUUCCACAAUCCCUAUAAUACACCAGAGACAGUCUCUUUCUACAUUCAUGUUGGCCAUAUUCCCACUGAACAUGACCUUGCGAAGGAUGAACAUUUGGACCCCAUUAAUGUCAAACUUGCUGAACUGAAGGAAGCUUUGGAAUCUGUGACUGCAGAGCAGAAAUAUUUGAAAGCUCGUGAUACUCGCCAUCGCCAUACAAAUGAGAGCACGAGAAGGCGUGUCAUAUUUUACACGGUUGCGGAAUACCUCUUGCUUGCACUAGUAAGCGGACUUCAGGUCGUCUACAUACGUCAAUUGUUCAGUAAAUCUGUUGCAUACAACCGUGUUUGAUCAAACCGCUAGCUACUUUCCUCUCCUCAAAUCUGGUUUGAUUGUUGAGCUGGGGAAGAAGAUGGUGAAUAGUGAGGUUUGUAUAACAGAAGUGGUCUUUUUAUUUAAACUGCCCUUGUUGUUUGAAAUCACUGAGCAAACUCCUUAGUUAUACGUGAUUUAGUUAGAGGAUCUUGAUUAAUGUAAUUUAUUUUAUUUAGUUGUCGAAUGAUUUUUGUUUGUCCUAUACUGAGGUUUUAAAUAUAGUGAACCAAUUAAAUUA